GCGCGCGCGUGUGUGCGUGCGGUAAUUGUGUCCAUGCGCGAGACUACAGAGGAGGGAGGAGAGACCGAGAACGGGAGAAGGGCCGCCAUUAUUGGGAAUCUGAAAAAACACAUUAACACACACAUUCACACACGCUCCGUCACUGAAUUUCGCCUUUAUGCUGGGAGAAGUCCUUUUUUCCGCUGGAGACUUGCGCUGUUCCUCACAGACCGCGUGUUGACGGCUGAAAUGUGUGAUAAACAUGGACAACUCGAGAUGUUUUGGACACAACAAAGGAAAUUAUAAGUGCUCAGAAACAACGUGGUGAACCCAAGGGAAGACACGGCGAUACAAAGCUGUUUUUCCCUCUCUCUCCUUCAACGCCCCCUCCUUUCCAACAAGAAACAGUGAUCUGAUACUCCAGCCUGGUUUUUCCUCGAUGCUUUUUGUCUUUUGUGCUGCGUUUGGGAAGAGAACCACAAAUCAGUUUGUUGAAAACUUUCAGAAUACAAUCAGUCAUUGAAAGAAGAGAUUGUAUUGCGCUCGGACAGCUGCAGAAGCGAAACGCCGAUGUUUAUGGGACUACUGCUGGACUAGUAUUAUUGUUAUUCCUCAUCUUGAUGAAUUUCUGAGCCGGUUACUGCUGCUGCAGAUAAAGGAGUGAAAGAGAAGAGAGAGGGAGGCAUGCUGUGGGUCAGAUCCAGGUUGGGUGAACCUGAAAACUACAGUAUUUCUGUGUCCGAGUUCCCCUGAAGAGAGGAGAUGGGCUGGAAAAAUACCACCUGCAGCACACCCGCCUAAGUCCACAGGGACUCCACUCCCCCACCCUCAAACCCAUUCCCUUCUUCCCCUUCUAAACCUCUGCCAAAAUUGUGAAUGGCCAAAUGACUGUGGAUUUAAAAUUUGAUCAUUAAAGGGAUUGGAUAUACUGGCCCUGCAUGGAAAAAAAACCCCUAAAGUAACUUUCAGGAUCUUUAGAAAUAAAUAAUUUGCCAAGCCUGAAAGCAUUUGGAUGGAACAUCAGCCCAGCAGCUUUCAAACUAGAGCUUCUGGGAAUGGCAAAAUGAGUGCUGUCAUACGAUAAUAAUGGCAAAAAAACAAGAUGCCCGGGGAACAACCUACAACCUUGUUGUGGUAGGUUUGUCCGGAACUGAAAAGGAAAAGGGGCAGUGUGGGGUAGGCAAGUCCUGCCUUUGUAAUCGCUUUGUUCGCCCCAGUGCUGAUGAUUUUUAUUUGGACCACACAUCUGUUUUAAGCACAAGUGACUUUGGUGGUAGAGUGGUGAACAAUGACCACUUCCUGUUUUGGGGCGAGGCGGUACGAAUGUUGGAGGAGGGCACUGAGAGCCGAAUGCAUGUGGUGGAACAGACCGAGUUUAUUGAUGACCAAACGUUUCAACCACAUCGAAGUACUGCCUUACAGCCCUAUAUCAAGCGGGCAGCUUCCACCAAACUGGCCUCUGCUGAGAAGCUUAUGUAUUUCUGCACAGAUCAGCUAGGACUAGAGCAAGACUUUGAGCAGAAGCAAAUGCCUGAAGGCAAGCUUUUAGUGGAUGGAUUCUUACUCUGUGUAGAUGUGAGCAGGGGAAUGAACCGAAAUUUUGAUGACCAGAUGAAGUUUGUCACCAAUCUCUAUAACCAGCUAGCUAAGACCAAGAAGCCAGUUGUACUUGUGCUGACCAAGUGUGAUGAAGGAGUUGAGCGGUACAUCAAAGACUCUCACACCUUUGCCUUGGCCAAGAAGAAUUUGCAGGUUGUUGAAACCUCAGCACGCUCUAACGUUAAUGUUGACCUUGCCUUUCUUACCUUGGUGCAGUUGAUAGAUAAGAGUAGAGGGAAGCCCAAGAUCAUUCCAUACUUUGAAGCACUCAAGCAGCAGAGUCAGCAGAUAGCAUCUGCUAAGGACCGCUAUGAGUGGCUGGUAAGCCGCAUUGUGAAGAACCAUAAUGAAACCUGGCCCAAUAUCAACCGCAGAAUGCAGACAUCCCCUGAAUACAAAGAGUAUGUCUUCCUCGAGGGUACUUCCAAGGCCAAGAAACUAUUCCAGCAGCAUGUGCACAGGCUCAAGCAAGAGCAUAUAGAAAAGCGGCGUAAAAUCUAUCUCAGCACACUCCCACAGGCUCUCAAUUCUUUGGUUCCAGGCCUGGAUGAGAUUGAUCACCUAAGCUGGUCAGGAGUACAGAAAGUUCUCGAGACUAAGCGGGAAUUCUCCCACUGGUUUGUAGUGCUGGAUGACACACCUUGGGAAACUACACCACACAUUGACAAAAUGGAGGAUGAACGCAUUCCCCAGGACCUUUUGGAAACCCCUGCAGCGGAGCAAAUCUAUGAGGCUCACUUAGAACACCUGCGCAAUGAGCGGAAGCGGGCAGAAAUAAGAUGGGAGUUCAAAGAGAAACUUGCGUCUUCGCCAUUUGUUACACCUGGCAAACCUUGGGAGGAAGCUCGUAGCUUCAUCAUGAAUGAGGAGUUCUAUCAGUGGCUGGAGGAGCCCGAGUACCUUGAUAUCUAUAACAAAUACCAGAAGAUUAUUAUUGACCAAGCCAAAGAGGACUUCCAAGAACUUUUACUGGAGUACUCAGAGUUGUUCUAUGAGCUUGAAGUUGAUGCUAAGCCCAGUAAAGAAAAAAUGGGUGCCAUCCAGGAGGUUCUUGGAGAGGAGCAGAGGUUCAAGGCCCUGCAAAAGCUUCAAGCUGAGAGAGAUGCCCUUGUGCUCAAGCAUAUCCAUUUUGUCUACCACCCUACUAAGGAAACCUGUCCUACCAGUCCUCAUUGUGUGGAUGGCAAAAUUGAGCAACUCUUAGCCCUUCGUUUUCCCACUCGAUAUUGCUUUGAUGGGAGCACAAAAUCACAAUUUGGUGAGGGAAAGGUAGACAGAAUUAAUCUUGUGAUCCUUGGCAAAGAUGGACUUGCAAGAGAGUUGGCAAAUGAGAUCAGAGCCCUGUGCACCAAUGAUGAACGGUACGUGCUAGAUGGAAGGACUUAUGAACUGGCUCUUCGACCUAUAGAGGGAAAUGUACGCCUUCCAGUGAACUCCUUCCAUACCCCCACUUUUGCCCCACACGGUUGCCUCUGCCUCUACAACUCAAAGGAAUCCUUAUCCUACAUUGUUGAUAGUAUUGAGAAAUUACGAGAGUCAACCAUAGGUCGAAGGGAUACCAAUCUAGUUCAGCUUCCCUUGUCUCUUCUGUUGGUCACCAAAAGAGGCGUUGGUUCAAUUUCUGACAUUGGAGGUGAAACAGCACAAAGCCUGAUCCAACAAGGUCAACAAGUGGCUGGCAAAUUUCAGUGCAGUUAUUUAGAGCCUGCUUCUCCAGGUGUGGGAUAUGGUCGCAAUAUAAAUGAAAAACAUUUAAACCAGAUACUCAAAGGUCUGUUAGACACACGAAGACCCUCAGUUAGUCUUGGCAGUAGCUCCCCACCUUUGCUACCUGCAUUUGCUGGUUUCCGAGACUCUCAACAGAGCACAGAGGGUGACUUGCGAAUCGUAAUGUGUCUGAUGUGUGGAGAUACUUAUGAUGUUGACCAGCUUCUUUCACCAUUCUUGCUGCCCCAGCACUGUCGGCCCUCUUCCAGUCUGUCCAGUGGAACAUCAGUUUUGUUGGAUUUAUCUGUUGGUGGCCAAAGGCAAAGCAUUGAUCUUGCUGUUCUAUCUUACCACUCAUCUUUUUCCUUGCGUAAAAGCAGAUUAGUGCAUGGUUACAUAGCAGUGUACUCAGCCAAACGGAAGGCUUCCAUGGAAACCCUUUGUGCCUUCCUUUGUGAGGUCCAAGAUAUUAUUCCAGUGCAGUUGCUUGCUGUUGCAGAGACUCAAUCAGAACUUGCAGACUCUGAGGCAGUCCGGGAGCAGCUUGGCCAAGGGGAGGAACUGGCCCAUGAAAUUGAUGCCCGUUUCAGCUCUGUGAUCUGUGGACCUGGUGGGGUGGUGGGAGGCUUGCAUCGGAUGGACCACUUCCAGCCAUUCUUUAAGGAGGUAGUGGAGAAGAAAACCAUUGUAGAGGCAACAUAUAUGUAUGACAACGUUGCAGACAAUGUCACCAAUGAAAAUGUUUCUUCACCUCGAUGUAGCUCCCCAAGCAUCACAUUGCUGGACUCAGAGGAUGACAUCGAGCCCUCCCCACCUUAUCCCACCCUAAGGGAAGAUGGCACUUUAGCCCAUGGUGGAGGUUUCAAGCUCCCAGAUAUGGAGGGUGAUGCCUUCUCGCUCAUCUCUGACAUCGCAACUUUUGAAAACAAGCUUAACAACAAAGUCCCACCUCAGGUGCGACCAAAGCCCAAUGUCACCUUUGACAUUCCCAAACCCUCAAACAUCAGUUCAUACAUGGACCUGAGCCUACAUGGACCUAACAGGCGCUCAUUACCGUCAGUCACCUGGCCACCAGCAACUGAAGGUGGUUAUGAUCCAUCUGACUAUGCUGAGCCCAUGGAUGCAGUAGCAAAGCCCCGUCCCACAGAGGAGGAAAAUAUUUAUUCUGUACCACAUGACAGCACACAGGGCAAGAUUAUCACUAUUCGCAAUGCAAACAAGAGCCAUUCUAAUGGUGCAGGAAAUGGAUCAGACAGUGAGGCCGAUAGCAGUUCAUUGGAACGUAGACGGAAACUAUCUGCUCUUGGAGUUAAACCUCGGCUGUAUCGUGAUCGCUCCAAACGUCUUGGAAAGUUCAGCAGCUACCGCACAAGCUUCAUUGGCAGUGAUGAUGAACUUGGAGGUCUCCCCAAGACUAAAGAGGACGAGCUUGCUGCACAGAAAGGGGACAGUUCCUUGAAUGAAGAAGGUGAGGACCCAAAGAGGAGGAAUAUCUUAAGAAGUCUGCGAAGAAAUACCAAGAAAACGCGGCCAAAGGCUCGUCAGUCAUCAUUGUCCAAACCUCUGGAAAGUAACUACUUCGGUGUUCCCUUGGCCAACGUUGUCACGCCAGAUCGGCCCAUUCCAUUCUUCAUCGAAAAGUGUAUCCGUUACAUUGAGACUACAGGGUUGAGCACAGAGGGGAUCUACAGGGUGAGUGGAAAUAAGGCCGAGAUGGAAAGCAUGCAGCGGCAGUUUGACCAGGAUCCUAACAUUGACCUGAUCGAGAAGGACAUGUCUGUGAACACGGUGGCAGGAGCGAUGAAGAGCUUCUUCUCUGAGCUGCCCGAUCCUCUGGUACCAUACAGCAUGCAGACGGAGCUGGUGGAGGCCUUCAAAAUCAAUGAUCGAGAGCAGCGCCUCCACACCAUGAAGGACGUGCUCCGCAGGUUCCCUCGAGAAAACUACGAGGUCUUCAAAUACGUCAUCACUCACCUGAACAAGGUGAGUCAAAACAGCCGCCUGAACCUGAUGACCAGUGAGAACUUGUCCAUCUGUUUCUGGCCGACACUAAUGCGGCCCGAUUUCACCACCAUGGAUGCGCUGACAGCCACACGCACCUACCAGACAAUCAUCGAGACCUUUAUCCACCAGUGUGCUUUCUUCUUCUACAAUCAGCCCUUGGCCGACACACCCAGCGGCUUGCCCGGACAGCCCGCCUCACCUACCACCACCUUGUCUUCUGCCUCCUCCAUACAAAGCUCCGCCUACUCCGCCUGUUACACCCCAUUGCAACAUGUAGCCCCGCCCUUCAGCCCCGCCCAACAAUCCCCGCCCCAUUCCCCACCCCCAACCCCUCAAUCCCCAAUCCAGAGCCUGCUGCCUUCGCUCCACCCCCAUCACCCCCCUACGGAACAACACACGCUGUGAAGCUGUAGACGAGGAGGAGAACUUUGGGAGCACUGAAAGAGAUUAAUCGAAUGGAAGAAACUUCCGAGGAGACUGCACGGCCGUGCCUGACUUAUCACAAGCAGUAGAGGAACGAGAAACAGGUCAAGAGUACAUGAGCUACGUCAUCCACACUUCAUCGCCCUCUUUAUGCAUCAUGCUACUCUAUAAAUUGCUCUGUUCUUGGCCCUAUAUGCUCCUCACACACAUUUAGACAACUGCACGUGAAGUGUGGUAACCCCAAACCCAGAUCUCUAAUGGGUCCAUCUGACGUAGAUGUCGCACUCUUGCUGGUCCAGCGCUGUCUUCGUCAUUUGGCGACCAAUGGGAGAUAGGAUGUUUGAAGCCCACCUCAUAUUCGGGUGGCCACUGUACGCAACCUCUUAGAAAUAAGGUUAAGCGGGCCAACAGGGUGGCCUAUAUAUUCAUCAGAUUUUUGUUGUAACUUUCGACCACUGUUAUAAAUUACAAAAAAGAAAUGUUUUUUCCGACGUGACCGUAUUCCUCCCCCUUAUUUAAUCUGUUUCGCUUGUGACAGCCUUUUAAAGAGAGACAAAAAUCAAAAGACAAAAUUAGAAUUUGUCGAACUGGAUCUAGUUUUGCUGGCAAGGAUGUGUGUGGCACAGCAUUCUGGGAUUUGAAGUCUUUUCCUCCCCUUUAUCCCCUGUCACACGAGCCUCCAGAACAUGCUGGAAGACUAAUGCUUCUUUUAUUACAGAAUGUCCUCACAACCACACAACCCUCGGUUUCCUGCUCCACGAGGAUCUUCGGCUUUGUUCGGUGUCUGUUCAUUUGGGAGCUGUAUUAUUAUUCUUAUUACACGUUUGCAGGAAGUUUCCUCAUGUUAGGUCUGUGGACUGCUUUUUGCGCACAUGAUUGGUGAACCAGUAAGAAUCAGAACACCUGUGAAGGGAUGGGUUAGGUUGUGGUCCUCCUGCGUUUUAGAGGAGAGGUAUGCACUAAAUCAAAGAGUUACCUCACAGUUCUGGAAGGUAAAGGAAGUUUGCACUAGAGGAGACGCUGUGCUGUACCUAUUCGAAAGGCAUUGAAUCAGUGAGCUGUGGAAGCCUAGAGGAGGAUGAGAGUGAAGAUAGUGGCAUAGCUGUAAUGGCAUUCGGAAAAGAUAAAGUCUUUUAAUGUGUUUGAAAACAGCAUGCAUGUGAGCUUGCAGUUAUUGGGCUUUACUUGGCUCUACUUCAGAGUUGACCUCAGAAGGGUGACAUUGUUUAUAAAAUGCUAGACGUUAAAAAAACAACAACAACAAAAAAAGGAUUAGGAUAAGAGAACCUGGGCAUAGAAACGGGAAAGUUAAUGUGGUAGCUUGUGAGUAGACUACCGCUUGUGGGCUCUUGGAGCGCAACACUACCACCCAGUGGACAAAGAAGGUAUUGCAUGUUGAAUCUCAGCUCGUAUUCAUGCUGUUACGUUUUUGUUCUUCUAGAAAAUGCUGGAUGCAUUCACAUUCACAUGAUUUCAGUAAAAAAGCUGCCAUUUAGCUUUCAAGUUUGUCAAUAUUCCCCAGCACUUAUACUUCACAAGUUUACUUACUCCAGAUUAGAUAACAGAAUCAUUUUCUUGUUUAUUUGAACUCAUAAGAGUCAGUUUGUUGUGAACCUAUGGUUUUCAAGCAGGCAGACGCUGUGAAACUGUGAAACAAUCACGUUUAUGGAGAAAAAUGAAUGUAUCCCACAGCAGAUUUCACUUCAGUUUUGUGCAUAUCUCUCCUUGUAAUACAUUGUGAGCCACACCUGCCCUGUCCCUCUUUAACUUCAAUCCACAUCUACUCUGACUUCUGAUUGGCUGUGAUCAGCUGCAACUCUUUAACCGUUUUUGCUUAAACACUACGCCUUUUGCCCUCAGAGAGCAGGAGUAAUGGUAUAUUUUGGGAAAUCGAGAGCUGUGUGGCCUAUAUGACCCUGGUACUUUGUAUGAAUGCUGCAUUCUCUGUGUAUUUUCAAUGUAUUCUUUCAGAGCCGACUGUCCUUCGCAGCCAAAGACUGCGGAAAAAAAACUAAAAAAAAAGUAAUAAAAAAGGACAGGGGAAGAUGACUAAAAGCGACAAGACAAACGUGUAUUAAAAAUGUGACAUUGUUUCAGCAAUCCUAUUUGGCUGCAUCACUUUUUUUCUUUUUUUUUUCUUUUUCUUUUUCUUUUUUCAACAAUGGUGACAGAUUGUCUGUUAAGUUAAAGGAGAAAGGAGCAAAACUAUAUUCAGAAUGGUUGUUUAUUUGUACGUUAGGGGGUCUGACACUUUGCCCUGUAGUCAAUGGUGAUAGAAAAGGUGUUCUUUUUAUGUUUUAUUUUAAUAAUUAAAAAAUGAGACACAGCAUUUUUAACUGUCUUUUUUUUUUUUUUUUUUUUUUUUUCUUUUUCUUUUUGUGAAUGGUGUAAAGGCCACAAUGAUGUAGUGCAUGAUUCAAGACCAGGUCAGGGAGAGGGAUCUGCCACUCUCAGUAUUAAAAAAGGAAGAAAAAAAUGAACAAAGAAAAAAAUAGAAUGGGAAAAAAAUGCAUAAAUAAAUGAAGUUACAUCAACAAAAAUACAUGUCAUUAUUUGCCAAGAAGUUGGUAAUUAGUCUCAAUGGGAAUGGUGUAUAAACAGUAAGGCCUUCUGUGACCUGUAUUAUAGUUAAUAAAAUCAAUCUUGUAAAAUCAGUCUCUUGU